UCGCAUGCCGUAUUUCAGAGAGGGCUCACUUGACAGCAGUUAAACGAGAGCGUGAUGGCACCAGUGUUCGGCAGACACAAGACGUGAACGCCUGCAGUGGAAGUUCAUCUCGCACUUUUAAAGUUAGGAAAAGAUUGCGGUGCACGCAUCGGAGCCGUAACGCUAGUGGUGUAAGCCCGGGAGUAAAAUGUACAACCUGAGACUGACCGACCAGGAGCCCUGGGAGAUGCUUGUGCCCAGGGCCUGUUUGAAAGAGCGCUAUGGCUUGUCACAAUGGAUCAAGACAAACAUCAAAAGGAAGGAAUGUGUCCUUUUUCAGAAGGGUUCCAGCGAGGACACAUGCAAGUGUGGUUACUCCAAGGCUGUUCAUAAUGAUGAAGCCAUCAAGCCUGAAGACUUUGUGGGGGAAACAUGGGACAAACACAGACACGUCAUGGAGGUUCCCACCAAUGCCUUUGGAGAAAUACAGUUUGACGGUUUACAACAAACAACUGCCAAGUAUGCCAGAGUGUCCUCGGACACCAACCCCGAGAUGCUGUACCGCCUGCUGACAGAACAGUGGGAACUUCAGCCUCCCAACCUGCUCAUCUCAGUGACAGGAGGAGCCAAGAACUUUAACCUGAAGCCUCACCUUAGGAACAUGUUUCACAGAGGACUCAUCAAAGUGGCCCAAACUACAGGUGCCUGGAUUGUCAGUGGUGGCACCAAUGCGGGUGUCAUGAAGCAUGUGGGACAGGCGGUGAGGGAUUAUGCACUGAGCAACUCCAUGCAGGGCCAAAUUGUUGCUAUUGGAGUGGCAACUUGGGGUGUGAUCCAUAAUAGGGAAGCUUUGAUCAAACAAGAGGGUUGUUUUCCUGCCCUUUAUAUGACGGACACCAAAAGUCAGGGCAGGUUGUCUUGUCUAGACAAAAACCAUACACACUUCCUUCUGGUGGACGAUGGGACUCAUGGACAAUAUGGUGUGGAGAUUGAGCUGCGUUCUUGUCUGGAGAAAUGCAUUUCUGGGAAGCAACUCGGAAAGAAAGGCAGCAGCGUUACCAUCCCAUUUGUGUGUGUGGUUUUGGAAGGUGGACCAGGCACCCUGAAUACGAUCUUCAACGCUAUGAGGAACGGCACGCCGUGCGUGAUCUUGGAGGGCUCCGGAAGGAUAGCAGAUGUGAUCGCUCAAGUGUCUGGACUGCCUCUUCAGCAGAUCACAAUCGCUCUCAUCCGCCAGCUAAUGGAGAGGUUUUUUGGUCAGGAGUAUAAAACGUUCACCAACUUCAAUAUCAUUGAAUGGACCAAAAAGAUACAGGACAUUGUCAGGGAGUCCCACCUGCUGACAAUAUUCAGGGUGAGAGAAGACAGUCAUGGAGAUGUGGAUGUUGCCAUUCUUAAAGCAUUAUUGAAAGCUUCUCGGAGCAGUGAAAUACUCACAAUGGAUUGCUGGAAAACUCAACUGGAGCUGGCUAUUGCCUGGAACCGAGUGGACAUAGCCAAGACGGAGAUCUUCACUGAAGAGAAUCUGUGGAGUUCUGCUGACCUCCACCAGGCCAUGUUGUCUGCUCUAAUUGGUAACAAGCCUCAGUUUGUGACCCUGCUGCUGGAAAACGGCGUGAGUCUCAGGAAGUUCCUACAGGACGAGGAAACUCUGUGCAAGCUCUACACAGAGAUGCCCAGCUGCCUCUUUCUGCGCAAGCUAGCCAAGCGGGUCCACAACUCUCGCCACAGCAGGGCUGACCCACCAGAGUCCAUCACUUUAGCUCACGUCUCUGAAGAGGUGCGCCACCUGCUGGGCAAUUCCACACAACACAUCUAUCCUCCAUCCAGGGAGCAACGCUACUGCAUGUCCAUGGAAGACUUGUCCCUGUCACUUUCCAAAAACAAUGCAGCUCACCCUCCAACAGAAGUUGAACAGAGGGAUGCCUGCUGUGACAUUUUCCUCUGGGCUGUGGUGCAGAACAACAGGGAUCUGGCUGAAAUCGCCUGGGAGCAGUGUCAGGACUCCGUGUGUGCCGCUCUGGCUGCAACUCGCAUCCUGAAGAAACUGGCAGGAGGAGAAAGUGAUGCAGAAGAAGCAGAGGAAAUGCUCAACCUGGCCAAUCAUUAUGAAAAACAUGCAGUUGGUGUUUUCAGUGAGUGCCACAACACUGAUGAGGAGCGUGCUGAGAAGCUGCUGGUGCGCGUCUCAAACUGUUGGGGAGGAAUGACGAGCCUGCGGCUGGCCCUGCAAGCUGAAGAUAAAAAUUUUGUUGCUCUUUCAGGUGUUCAGGCCUUCAUGACCCAAGUCUGGUGUGGUAAACUUUCAGUGGACAACCACAUCUUUCGAGUGCUCAUUUGCAUGUUCUUCUUCCCUCUCAUCUACACCGGCUUUCUGGCUUUUCGACACGACGAGCUCUUCCAAAGAGAAGCUAAGAAACAAGAGGCUAUGGAGAAGGUGGAGAAGGUGACAGGAAACACACACAGUGCACGUUCUCGGUGCAGCGUGCAGCACGAUAAACCUUUGAGCUGCUGGGCCCGACUGGAGAGCUUGUACAGCUCUCCGCAGGUCAAGUUUUACUGGAACAUCGUCUCCUACUUUUUCUUCCUCGUCCUGUUUGCGGGGGUGCUGAUGAUGGACUUCCACACCACGCCUUCCAUCCCAGAACUCCUUCUCUACGUCUGGAUGUUCUCUCUGGUUUGUGAGGAGUUCAGACAGUUGUUCUGCAAUUCUGACGGUUUUGGGCUUCGAAUGAAAGCCAAACUGUACAUCACUGACCUGUGGAAUUUUUUGGAUGUUCUAUCCAUUAUCCUGUUCCUGAUUGGCCUUGCAUUCAGGUUGACGUCUGAGCUUUUCUACGCAGGUAAAAUCGUGCUGUGCUUCGACUUUGUGGUCUUCUGCCUGCGUCUCAUGGCCAUCUUUACCAUCAGCCAAACCCUGGGACCGAAAAUCAUUAUAGUCAGAAAGAUGAUGAAGGAUUUGUUCUUCUUCAUGUUCCUUCUGAGCAUCUGGGUUGUGGCGUACGGCGUGGCCAAACAGGGCAUUUUCAUCCACAACGACACUCGUCUGGACUGGAUUUUCCGAGGAGCAAUUUAUGAGCCGUACCUCAUCAUAUUUGGGAAUUUUCCUAAAAACAUUGAUGAGGUGAAGUUUGACUUAGACUCAUGCAGCCUGAACGGCACAGAUCCUCUGUUGCCUAAGUGUCCCAUUCUGAAUGAAAGCCAAAUUCCAGCCUUCCCUGAGUGGCUCACUAUCAUCAUGCUCUGCGUUUACUUACUCUUCGCCAACAUAUUGUUGCUUAAUCUACUCAUAGCGAUCUUCAACUUCACCUUCCAGGAAGUCCAGGACAACACAGACAGGAUCUGGAAAUUUCAACGAUACGAGUUAAUUAAGGAGUAUUACAGCCGUCCAGCUGCCCCGCCUCCUUUCAUCAUCUUCAGCCACCUCUCCCUCCUCAUCAGGAGCAUUUGGAUGUGGAAACCUCACUAUAAAUGCAGAGACCUCAAAACGAAAUUGAAUCAGGCGGAGAACAUGGAGCUGUUGUCCUGGGAGGCUUUAAUGAAGGACAGAUACCUGCUGUCUGAGAAACAAGAGAAGAGUCGGAGUACGGAGACACGCAUCAUGGAUACGGCUCAAAAGGUAACUUCCAUCUCUGAGAGGCUGGAGAGGGAAGAAGAAACUGUGUCUGCGGUCAUGCUGAAGAGACUGACCACACUAGAAGAGCAGGUUAACCAAUCAACCAAAAUGCUGCAGCGGAUCAUGGACAGCCUCAUUUCUAAGGGUUUUGCUGCAAAAGAAGAAGAACCAGAUGCCUCAAAUGUAACAGAUGAAUCCUCCGUCUGUUCGAGGAACGACUCGGCGAGCAGAAACAGCUUCCACGUAAACUGUCGGCAGUAUUAUUACCCCGAAAGUAAAGUUACACGCUUUCCUGUUCCUGAGGAGAAAGUACCAUGGGAGGUGAGCUUCAGGUCAUACCAGCCCAUCUGUUAUGCUUCUGAGGAUGGAAGUGACUGCACGGAUGGGCAAGACGCUCCUGAUAAAUACAGAAACCCAGGAGGGAGGACAGGCAUCAGAGGACGUGGCGCUCUCGGCCACUUCGGUCCAAACCUGCACUUAGACCUGGUGCUGACGCGAUGUAAAGACAGUGAGAGGUCGACCUUAGAGUUCCUGGUGAUCUGUGACAGCAGUCAAAUAAUCUUUACUCUGCCCUCUGGACCUGUGGAGCGGGACGAUCACCUGCCAGAGACUUUGAAGCAAACUCUGGGAAGCACGUUAUAUGACGCAAUAAAUGCAAAAGUUUCAGUCGGGACAAAGUUGUCCAAAUGUUACGUGGACGACAGCAGGAACACUGACAAUGCCUGGGUGGAAACCACCGUUUUGAACAUUCAUCUGGACAGAACAAGCCAGCUGAUGGUGGACAUCAACACUCAGGUGUCGAGUCGCUCCUCCUCUCUGCAGUGGGAGGAGUCGAGCAGCAAAAACAAACUUUCUCCGGAUCAAACUGAGUCCGUCCGAAUGGUUGAAGAGUUGCACGACAGGAAGCUGUGACCUUCACUCCAUGUGUGGCCUUUCUGUAUUGAUUCUGCACUAAAAACUACUAAAACUUUAUUGUGCACGAGUGUUUGACGUGCAAAAAUCACAUUAGUUGCAUAGGAAUUUGCCUUAUACUGUAUUACAGUGAUAUUUACAGGGAUGUAGUGAACACUGAUUCCUUAUAGAGGAAUAAUUUGUCAUUAAAAAGACCAACAAGCUCGUGACUUGAAGGAAUUUCCUCAUUAUUGGGUUUAGAUUUUUGCUGCAGCAUUACCCAAAAUGCACUUCUCAAAAAGUCAUGCCCGUUUACUUCAACUGCAGAUAAACAUAUUUACUUGCACUUUUUUUACCUUGUUUAGAUGAGUAAAACUUUUGUUCAACUA